GCCGCCGGGGGUAGGGCGGGGAGCCCCUUCCCCCCCGCCCCGCCGCCAUGUACACCUUCGUGGUGCGGGACGAGGGCAGCAGCGUGUACACCGAGGUGAGCCGGCUGCUGCUGGCCAGCGGGCAGUGGCGGCGCCUCCGCAGGGACAACCCCCGCUUCAACCUCAUGCUGGGCGAGAGGAACCGGCUCCCCUUCGGCAGGCUGGGCCACGAACCUGGACUUGUGCAGCUGGUGAAUUACUACAGGGGAGCAGACAAACUGUGCCGCAAAGCAUCUCUGGUGAAGCUCAUCAAGACAAGCCCCGAGCUGUCGGAGUCCUGCACGUGGUUCCCUGAGUCCUAUGUGAUUUACCCAACAAACCUGAAGACCCCGGUGGCUCCAGCCCAGAAUGGAAUUCGCCAUCUCAUCAACAACUCGAGGACGGACGAGCGGGAAGUGUUCCUGGCCGCCUACAACCGGCGCCGCGAGGGCAACGAGGGCAACGUGUGGAUAGCCAAGUCCUCUGCUGGUGCCAAAGGGGAAGGGAUCCUGAUUUCCUCAGAGGCUUCAGAGCUCCUGGACUUCAUCGAUGAGCAGGGACAAGUGCACGUGAUUCAGAAGUACCUGGAGAAUCCUCUACUUUUAGAGCCAGGGCAUCGCAAGUUUGACAUCAGGAGCUGGGUUCUCGUGGAUCAUCAAUAUAAUAUCUACCUCUACAGAGAGGGUGUCCUGCGGACCUCUUCAGAACCAUAUAACAGUGCUAACUUCCAGGACAAAACCUGCCACUUGACCAAUCACUGCAUCCAGAAGGAAUAUUCCAAAAACUACGGGCGCUACGAGGAAGGGAACGAAAUGUUCUUUGAGGAGUUCAACCAGUAUCUGAUGGAUGCCCUGAACACAACGCUUGAGAACAGCAUCUUACUGCAAAUCAAACACAUCAUAAGAAGCUGCCUUAUGUGUAUAGAGCCUGCAAUCAGCACGAAGCAUCUUCACUACCAGAGCUUCCAGCUCUUUGGCUUUGACUUCAUGGUGGAUGAGGAGCUGAAGGUCUGGCUGAUUGAAGUCAAUGGGGCCCCAGCAUGUGCCCAGAAGCUGUAUGCAGAGCUCUGCCAAGGAAUUGUGGAUGUAGCCAUCUCCAGCGUUUUCCCCCUCAGUGACACUGGGCAGAAGAUGAGCCAGUCAUCCUCGAUCUUCAUCAAGCUGUGACGAUGACACAGCUGCCACCUCUGGGAACAGGGAGAGACUGCACCCCUCGGGUCAGCACACUCUGGUGGCUUAUCUCAGUAACAUGCCAAAAAGUGAUAGAGACAGGCUUCAUAUUUUCUGGGAGACCACAGGGAAAAACAACAAAACAGGCAUCCUCACAGAGCUGUGAUGAGCCAGAGCUGCUCAGAUAACUCUGCCUGCAUUCACCAAAAUCCACUUUAGAAACAGCUCCUGUGACUUUGAUACCUGAAACAAAUCUCUCUGGGAGUACAACAGAACAACCUUAAAAUGAAACCCCAGCAGGGAUACUGUAAUGCUGUAUUAGCUCCUCCUUUUCUAUAGAGAUAACAUUGGGUUUUUUAAGGGAAUUGAGUGGAGAGAAGAUGGAGUUGUCCUCCUCCUGCUGUGUUUAUCCUUUCCUCACCUACUGCAUCAUUAGUGCCUUAGCUCAGCUCCAAAUAGGUGACUCCUUUCCUUUGUUCCUGCUCUGUUACAUAGAAAGGAGCCAGCUCUCCUGGUGCCUAAAACCAGGAACACCAAGAAAUCAGUUUCCUUAGGUCAUUUUCCAAGCUGGUUGGCUGAACACCCAGGCAAUGGCUGGUAAAGGGUGCUGAACUGCAGGUGGUGAAUUAACCCAAGCAAGGAAGGUGAUUUUCUUUAUUUAUAGCUAUCCCUUUUCCUAUUGAGAUUUGGAUCAGUGAUUGUCCCAGUCUGAGGCAGUUGGAUUCUGCUUAAAAGAGGUAGAGAGACCCCCUCAGAGCUCAGCAGCAGGCUGUAGGAUUUUGAGCAUCACUUUUGUGCUGAGUGUUUCAAGUAGCAGAAACCUGAUCUCAGUUUCUUCUGAGGCACUGCAAUCAAUUUAGGCUCUUCUCUCAGAUUUCCCCUUCAUUAUUUACUUGAGGCUUGGACCUGAAAUCUUUCUACCCAAAUCUCAUUUGUUCCAGCCAGUUUUGUUCUCAUCUGUUUGACAAAUACUGUAAUCUUCUGCCCUGAACACAGUCCACAACUUGAUCUUAGCUAAGGGGUAAGGUGGGUGAGGUUUUGUAGACCGGGAGAGACAUUCCUGUUUGCCACACAUCUGAGAAAUCAGGUGCUUUGGAGGGAGAAGGAGAGGUUAGAUUCCUUGAGGUCUCUGCAUUUCAGAGCAAA